CAAAUAUUUCAGGAACAGCGUGAGGAUGGAUUGAAACAUGAAGACUGGAACUACCCCGUUGUGAAAAUAGGAGGGCGUGUCUUCAAGGUUCCUGAAGGCGUCCUCUGCAGGGCCGUUCCUGGUAAUGGAGACACGCGUCAACCAUCCAACCCCUGAAAAACUACCCGGAACCCCCACCAGUGGAAACACACCCAGACUGCACUUGAGGUUCUUCUCUGCAGCUUAACUGUGUAACUGAGCUGAGAGACUGAGAGGAAGAUGCCUCCCCGGCCAUCCUCAGGGGAGCUGUGGGGCAUCCACUUGAUGCCUCCCAGGAUCCUGGUGGACUGCCUUCUUCCCAACGGGAUGAUCCUGACACUCGAAUGUCUCCGCGAGUCCACACUCAUUACCAUCAAACAUGACCUGUUCAAGGAGGCAAGGAAACAUCCGCUGCAUCACCUCCUACAGGAGGAGACAUCCUACAUCUUUGUCAGCGUAACACAGGAAGCAGAGCGGGAGGAGUUCUACGAUGAAACCCGCAGGCUGUGUGACCUCCGACUCUUCCAGCCUUUUCUCAAAGUCAUUGAACCAGUUGGCAACAGAGAGGAAAAAAUACUCAACAGGGAGAUCGGUUUUGCCAUUGGUAUGCCGGUUUGUGAGUUUGAUCUUGUGAAGGACCCCGAGGUUCAGGACUUCAGAAGAAACAUCCUGAAUGUUUGUAAAGAUGCCGUGGAGCUGAGAGAUGCCAGUGGGCCUCACAGCAGAGCCUUGUAUGUGUAUCCACCCAACGUGGAAUCGACGCAGGAGCUUCCCAAACACAUCUAUAGCAAACUUGACAAGGGUCAGAUUAUUGUUGUGAUAUGGGUGAUUGUUUCCCCGAACAAUGACAAGCAAAAGUACACACUGAAGAUCAACCACGACUGUGUACCUGAACAGGUGAUUGCCGAGGCCAUACGUAAGAAGACACGCAGCAUGUUGUUGUCCCCCGAGCAACUAAAGAUGUGUGUUCAGGAGUAUCAGGGCAAAUAUAUCCUCAAAGUUUGUGGCUGCGAUGAAUAUCUGCUGGAAAAGUACCCCAUCAGCCAGUAUAAGUACAUCCGUAGCUGUAUAAUGCUCAGCAGGAUGCCCAACCUGAUGCUAAUGGCCAAAGACAGCCUGUACACCCAGCUGCCGACAGAUAACUUUGUGAUGCCGUCAUACUCUCGACGCAUCUCAACGGCCACGUCGUAUAUGAAUGGUGAGGCCGCUUCCAAAUCGCUGUGGACCAUCAAUGGCACUCUUCGAAUACGAAUCCUCUGCGCUACCUAUGUUAAUGUGAAUAUACGGGACAUAGACAAGAUAUAUGUGAGGACGGGUAUUUACCACGGAGGUGAGCAGAUGUGUGACAACGUCAACACACAGAGAGUACCCUGCUCAAAUCCCAGGUGGAACGAGUGGCUCACCUAUGACAUGUACAUCCCAGACAUCCCCCGAGCUGCCAGACUCUGCCUGUCCAUCUGCUCUGUCAAAGGCAGAAAAGGAGCCAAGGAGGAGCACUGUCCGUUGGCUUGGGGAAAUAUCAACCUGUUUGAUUACACCCACACUCUGGUGGCAAAUAAAAUGGCCCUGAACCUCUGGCCCGUCCCCCAUGGCCUUGAAGAUCUUCUCAACCCCAUAGGAGUCACUGGAUCAAACCCCAAUAAGGAAACGCCAUGUCUGGAGCUGGAGUUUGACCACUUCAGCAGUGCUGUCAAAUACCCAGAUAUGAAUGCAGUGGAAGAUCAUGCAAACUGGACCAUCUCCAGGGAACUGGGCUUUAACUACAACCUCUCAGGGCAGAGCAAUCGCGUGGCCAGAGAUCACGCCCUGACAGACAGUGACACUGAGCAACUGAGGCAACUGACUAACAGGGACCCACUGUCAGAAAUCACUGAGCAGGAAAAAGACUUUCUCUGGAGACACAGGCACUACUGCAUGAACAUCCCCGAGAUUCUGCCCAAAAUCCUUCUUGCUGUCAAAUGGAACUCCAGGGAUGAAGUUGCACAGAUGUACUGUUUGCUGAAGGAGUGGCCAUCUAUCCGUCCUGAGCAGGCCAUGGAGCUGUUGGACUGUAACUAUCCAGACCCCAUGAUCAGGCACUAUGCUGUGCGCUGCCUUGACAAGUACUUAACUGAUGAUAAGCUGUCCCAAUACCUGAUCCAGCUUGUACAGGUAUUAAAAUAUGAGCAGUAUCUUGACAAUCCACUGGUCCGUUUUCUGCUCAAAAAGGCCCUGACCAAUCAAAGGAUAGGACAUUUCUUCUUCUGGCAUCUCAAGUCAGAAAUGCACAGUAAAACUGUGAGCCAGAGGUUUGGACUGCUGUUGGAAGCCUACUGCAGGGCCUGCGGUAUGUACCUCAAACAUCUGAGCAGACAGGUAGAAGCCAUGGAGAAGCUCAUCAACCUAACUGACAUCCUCAAACAGGAAAAGAAAGAUGAGACACAAAAGGUCCAGAUGCGGUUUCUUGUGGACCAGAUGAAGAGACCUGACUACAUGGAUGCUCUACAAAACUUCACCUCUCCUCUCAACCCUGCACAUCAGCUGGGAAACCUGAGGUUGGAUGAGUGCAGGAUCAUGUCGUCGGCGAAGAGGCCGCUGUGGCUGAACUGGGAGAAUCCCGAUAUCAUGUCCGAGUUGCUUUUUCAGAACAAUGAGAUCAUCUUCAAAAAUGGAGAUGACUUGCGCCAGGAUAUGCUGACAUUGCAGAUCAUUAAAAUCAUGGAGAACAUUUGGCAGAACCAGGGACUGGACCUACGGAUGUUGCCCUACGGAUGUCUGUCGUUAGGGGACUGUGUCGGCCUCAUCGAGGUGGUCCGGAGUUCUCACACCAUCAUGCAGAUUCAGUGUAAAGGAGGACUAAAAGGGGCCCUGCAGUUCAACUCAAACACUCUGCAUCAGUGGCUAAAGGACAAGAACAAGGGAGAAAUGUAUGACCUGGCUGUGGAUCUGUUCACGAGGUCCUGUGCUGGGUACUGCGUAGCUACAUUUAUUCUGGGGAUCGGAGACAGGCACAAUAGCAACAUCAUGGUCAAAGAUGAUGGACAGUUAUUUCACAUAGAUUUUGGCCAUUUCCUGGAUCAUAAGAAGAAAAAGUUUGGCUACAAGAGAGAGCGAGUUCCCUUCGUACUGACACAGGACUUCCUCAUUGUCAUCAGUAAGGGAUCCCAGGAAUGCACAAAGACCAAAGAGUUUGAGAGGUUUCAGGAGAUGUGUUACAAAGCUUACCUGGCAAUCCGACAACAUGCUAACCUCUUCAUCAACCUCUUCUCCAUGAUGCUGGGCUCUGGGAUGCCCGAGCUGCAGUCCUUCGAUGACAUUGCUUACAUCAGAAAGACGCUGGCUCUGGAGAAAAGUGAGCAGGAGGCUUUGGACUACUUCAUGAAGCAGAUGAACGAUGCUCACCAUGGAGGGUGGACCACCAAAAUGGACUGGAUAUUCCACACGAUCCGACAGCAUGCACUGAACUGAUACCUCACCACCAACUCUGCCAGUCCCACCACGGAGUAUUUAUGGAGCUCAGCGCAGAAGCAGGAUAUUGUUUCAAGGAAUUUCAUUUCCCCUUUCCAGAAGACACACAACCAACACCCCAACGCAGGAAAUCUUCACUUUGAUUUAUUUUUUUCCACCUUUGAAACACCUUUUUUUUUUUUUUUUUAAUUUAAACUGUUUUCUACAUCCUUGUCAGAUUUUUUUUGUCUGCUGCAUUGUGCGGUCUCAAAGAUGCCCGUGCACUAUUUUCUGCUUGGGUCUACAUGCAUUUUCAUCAUGAGCCUGUGAAGAUUCAUCAAACACGGAUGAUGUUUGUGUUCCCGCCCCACUAUGACUUCUACAUUAUUUUUUUUAUGUUGUUCUCACCCACCCGCAGGAACAGUUUCCCAAAUGAAGUCAAACAUGUGCCCUGCUGCUCUUAGAUGAAAACCACAAGUUUGACCAAACGGAUUAAAGAAGCUGCAUCUGCCAAGUGUUUAAUGUAGCCACAAAAGUAAGUUCAACCUGCUGCCCUUGGGCCAUGUUAGCGCUGUACUCUGGUUCAAUCCCAUCCCUGCUGAGAAGAUAGUGGGCACAAGUAACUUUAUAAAUUAUUUUGUGUGAUACAAGUCGGUCACAUUUGUUGUACAGUCCCACUCUGCCGACGUACGGGAACGAAUACGAUGUCUUCCACCGUUUUUGUGAGUUCGAGCGUGACCUGGCCUCAGCUUUCCAUCCUCUCCAUGAGGAAAUGUGGAGGCUGAGCAGCUGCUGGUGCGCGGCCUCCCAGGGCCUCGCCCAAGCAGCGCUGCACCUUCGGGAGCGUCGGAGGUGCAGCCAUGGACUCCUGCAGAAGUUUCAGGGUGAGGAUGCCUCUCCAUCAAAAACAGCACUUAGAAAUGACUGAAGAAUAUACAGAUUUAUUAUGACUUUUUACAUUUAUUUAUGUACCUACUUUAUUUAAAGUUGAACAAAGGCAAACCCUAAUUUCAAGGUCUAUUGUUUGUGUAAAUAUGUUUGGAAUUGUAUGUAUUUAUUUACAGCUUCUUCUGAUUACCACAAGUGCAACCGCCUAUGACACCCCUACCCUUUUUAUUUCUUUUUCCUCGACACGAGUUUAACUCACUCUCAAUACUACUGAUGCCUUCUUUUAGCCUUUGUCACGUUUAUGUUAAGCAUCUACUUUGGCCUUAUCAGCAGCCCACUUUGUUUCAUCGUGGCUUGUUUGCAGCCCUGUUUGGAUUCAAUGGAGAGUGAAAGUGCCAGUUUCACAUUUUAUGAAUUAUGGGACCUAUUAUUAGUCUCUGGCUGUCUUUUUGUCUUAGUUUUUUUUAUUGGUAAGCAGAGACCCGGGGGAAUUGUUCGUCUUCCUCUUGAUAAAAUGCCUUGGCGUCCCAAUACAACACUCCACAGUGCUGCCCACUGUGAAGCCUCGCAGACUCUGACCCUGCCAAAAUGCCAUAAAAGAGCCAUGACAGAAUUAUCAAUCAAACAAGUAUUAGUGCAAUUUUCAGGAAAAAGGUGGACGUGACCAUAGGUGAGUAGCAAUAACGACAGGUUUUUCAAAUUUGAGGAUAAAACUGCGUAGUAGAGGUUGCUUGCCAAAGACAGAGCUGCAUGAGAUUAUUCUCCGCCCAAACUUUCUCAUGGUGGGGGGAAAAUGCAAAAUGAAUUGAUAGGGCUCAGCUUCAUUAGCUGGAAGUUUAAUCGUUUUGCUAUUUGACAUCCAAAAUGCAAAGAGACAGCACAAUCACAUUUGAUAUAAUCAGCAAUCAGUUUGUGCGCUUGACCUGAGUCACUGACAAUAUUAUAAUGUAUUAAAACAGGGGUGGGCUGGGGGAUUUUGAUGCAAAAUGAAAAUGUAUGGAUAUUUUUGUAUGUAUUAGACAUACCAUGUGACACUGAACAGUUUAUACAGGGUUACAGCUUGACGAUUCCUGCUUGUUGAAGAGCUGAAUACCGGAUUCUUUGAAAGAUUUUUCUUUCUGGGAGAUAAAGCGGUAUUUUACAUGAAAUGUUGCCUCAGAGUAGUUUCAUUAGGACCCUACAAUCACGCAGCGUAUGUAGAAGGACAUUUAGAUGUACAUAUAUCUAGAUUAUCAUCCUAUCGUCCAUUAAGCGUUAAAUUGGGUCCCGUCAGUGGAGGAGAGAGAGUCUGCACUUUGUCAGUGUAUCCUGUUGUACUGAAAAGCCGGGCUGUGUCGGCUGCAUUAAUGGCUUGAAUGUAUUUAAGUGCUUCAUAUAUUUAUAUUUUCCUUUCUAAAGCCAGAUGCUUUUUGCUUUUUUUUUUUUUUUUUUUCCUUGAUUUGUCCAAUCAGGCAGCACUGUAUACAAUGAAAGCCCAUGUUGGAUUUGCAUCAUGCAGUAAGGUCUGUUAGUUGCAAACUUAAAAAAAAAACAAAAAAAAAACAAUGUUGGGAUAUGCAUUUAAAAAAAAUGUAGCUCUCAUUCUGCCUUUUUUUAUUGAGGAAGUUCACAAUAAAAGUUAGGGAGUUAGCCUAAUAUGCAUGUUUCUGAAGCAGUAUAACCAGUAUGUAUGACAGACAUUUUGAAGCGGCGUGUGAGCAACAGCUGCUUUCUCUUCUCUUUUGUAUCGUCGGGUUAAAACGUGCGACGGAUCUGUUGUGUUCUUAUCUUGUAUACGCUUUGCCAUAUAUCCUCCAAAUGAUGUGAGCGUGUUUUCGUGCGCAUCGGUGGCUCUGUGCAGGCUGCAGGGCUUCAUUGGCAGGUCCCGAUGAAGAACUCACGUUAUGUAUUUUCACGUGUCUUCAUGCGAUGGCAGUGACUGUGUCUAAUGUUUUAAAUUCUCUCCCCACCAGUGGCAGGUUUGUGCCUGAGGGGGAAGUGGGGAAAAAAAGGUGUUGUUUAUGAGGAAACAUAAAUGAUUGGAAACUUUUUUCAUACAUUUAUGCCACUAUAUGUUUUACUUGAAAUUUUGCAGACUGCAACCACAUCUGUAUUUUGCUGGCUUAAAACUGAGAUGUGAAUGCGGGAGAGGAGUGUGUGCAGGGUUCGUCUUAAAUGUGUGUGUGUGUGUGUGUGUGUGUGUGUGUGUGUGUGUGUGUGUGUGUGUGUGUGUGUGUGUGUGUGUGUGUGUGUGUGUGUGUGUGUGUGUGUGUGUGUGUAAGCACCGAUUAUACACAAUACUGAAGUAUUGUGUAUAAGUAUUGUGUUUGAUACCAGUAUGGAAUGAUUUUGGUGCCACAGUCCUUCAUUUCAGAGUGAAGACUCAAAGUGAAUCAUUGUAGGAUCAAGUAACAUGACAGUUAUGUUAGAAUUAUUAAUUCAACAAUAAUAACAUUCAUGACUAUCAGCUUGUCAUCCUGAGCCUCUUGUGAUGGUUCACAAUUUUUUUGUAAGCAGAAGUUGUCCUCAUCCAUGAUGGGAAAUACGAUUUAUCCCUUUGACGUGUCACAACACCCAUAUAUUAAAAAAAAAAAUGAAGCUUUACAGUAUUGAUCAGCAGGAGACGGAGAAUCACAUCAUGGUACAUAACAUCUAAUAUUUUACAUAAUAGGUUUGAAAUUCUUCGUUGUUGGAAGUAGUGAAAAGUCCGAUCAUUUCAGAUUAAUUUUGCUGACACAGUCAUUCAGUCGGAGGUGUGACGUCAUGAAAAACCCUCUCAGUGCAAUAUACAUGCAGUAAAUGCUGCCUGCUUUAAAGCUUAUCGUGUGCUGUUUUUGCGUGUCUUUUACUUUUUUUCUAUUUAUUUAUUCCCCAUGCUGAGCAAGUGUUCAUGCACUCGAGGAUCCCGGUAUUGAUCCCAGUAUUUAGAAAACACAGCUAGACUGUUACAGACUGACAUUUGUGUGUUUUCGGCAUAUAAGGAAGAUCAGUGAUGAUAUAUUAAUUUAGACAAUCCAUCAUUUGUUUUCAGAUUUUAGGGUCUUGAAGAUUAUUAUUAUUAUUAUUAUUAUUAUUAUUAUUAUUAUUAUUAUUAUUAUUAUUAUUAUUAUUGUUAUUAUUAUUAUUACAUCACACUGUACCAUCCUACCAUAAUAUAAAUGAAUGUACAAUGGGCCAAUGAAUUGUUUCUUAGAGCCUCCCUGCAUGAGACUGGGUAAGGAUGAAUAUUCCUAUUGCUUUUUUUCCCUUCCUUCUCCUUAUAAACUGAUGCCUUAUGUUUGCUCCCUGUAGUUUACUCUAACUCGCAUUAACCUGCCUUUUUAUUCAUGAAUGUAUGUUGUUUUGAUUCGGCUCACUGGUCACUGAGUUGAGGUCUGUGCCCUGACUGACUGGUCAUCCGAGUGUCCUGUGAAGAUGUACAAAUAAAUUUGUUAAACAUU